CCCCUCCUCCCUCCUCCCUCUCGCUCACACACACCCCCGCUUGGGCCUCCUGUCUCUCUCUCUCUCUCCGGCUCCAUUUUCUCCGCCGCCGGGGGCCGGGGUCUCCUGUGGGGGACCCAGCCGGUACCUCAAAUCUCCCUUCAGUGCCAGGGCGAACCCCAGGAGAGGCGCGUGGGGGGGAGACGGGCGGGGCUGGGGCGGAGGGAGCAGCGGCCCCGGCGAGUUUGGGGGAGUAACCCGGCGGGGGAGGGGCGGAGCAGGGAGGGGGCCUCAGGGCCCCCCCCCAGAAAUGGACGAGCGGUUGCUGGGGCCGCCCCCUCCUGGCGGGGGCCGCGGGGGCCUGGGAUUGGUGGGUGGAGAGCCCGGGGGCCCCGGCGAGCCUCCCGGUGGCGGAGACCCCGGUGGGGGUAGCGGGGGGGUCCCGGGCGGCCGAGGGAAGCAAGACAUCGGGGACAUUCUGCAGCAGAUAAUGACCAUCACCGACCAGAGCCUGGACGAGGCCCAGGCCAAGAAACACGCCCUCAACUGCCACCGAAUGAAGCCUGCUCUCUUUAGUGUCCUGUGUGAAAUCAAGGAGAAAACCGGCCUCAGUAUUCGGAGCUCCCAAGAGGAGGAGCCGGUGGACCCCCAGCUGAUGCGCUUGGACAACAUGCUUCUGGCCGAGGGUGUGGCCGGGCCUGAGAAGGGCGGGGGCUCCGCGGCCGCUGCUGCGGCUGCUGCAGCCUCAGGGGGUGGCGUGUCCCCGGACAACUCCAUCGAACACUCCGACUACCGCAGCAAGCUCGCCCAGAUCCGCCACAUCUACCACUCGGAGCUGGAGAAGUAUGAGCAGGCGUGCAACGAGUUCACGACCCACGUCAUGAACCUGCUGCGGGAGCAGAGCCGCACACGGCCUGUGGCGCCCAAGGAGAUGGAGCGCAUGGUCAGCAUCAUCCACCGGAAGUUCAGCGCCAUCCAGAUGCAGCUCAAGCAGAGCACCUGUGAGGCCGUCAUGAUCCUGCGUUCGCGCUUUCUGGAUGCCAGACGCAAACGCCGCAACUUCAGCAAGCAGGCCACUGAGGUGCUGAAUGAGUACUUCUACUCACACCUGAGCAACCCGUACCCCAGCGAGGAAGCCAAGGAAGAGCUUGCCAAGAAGUGUGGCAUCACUGUCUCUCAGGUCUCCAACUGGUUUGGCAACAAGCGGAUUCGCUAUAAGAAAAAUAUUGGCAAGUUCCAAGAGGAGGCAAACAUCUACGCUGUAAAGACAGCGGUGUCCGUCACCCAGGGGGGCCACAGCCGCACCAGCUCCCCGACGCCCCCUUCCUCUGCAGGCUCUGGCGGCUCUUUCAAUCUCUCAGGAUCCGGAGACAUGUUUCUGGGGAUGCCCGGGCUCAACGGAGACUCCUAUUCUGCUUCCCAGGUGGAAUCACUGCGACACUCCAUGGGGCCGGGCAGCUACGGGGAUAACCUCGGGGGAGGCCAGAUGUACAGCCCUCGGGAAAUGAGGGCAAAUGGCGGCUGGCAGGAGGCUGUGACCCCGUCCUCAGUGACAUCCCCAACAGAGGGACCAGGAAGUGUUCACUCCGACACCUCCAACUGAUCUCUCCCCUCAGGGUCACGGGGGUGGGGGCUCUCGCAAGGCCACUCCAAGAGGACGCAGGCAUCCAGAGGACAAGCCCUAGACCGGAGAAGCACAAGACAGAAAUGGGCAAAUGGGGCGCCCCUCCCCACCUAAACUGUCAUUGCUGGGGUGCUAUGUGGCAGGGAGAAUGGAGCGGGCGUCGGUGAGGGGGAGUGGGGUCUGGCUUCCCCUUUUUCCAGUCUUUCAGCCUUUUUCUUUGACACACACGUACACACCUGUCCCUCAGAGCCCUCUUCCCUGUCCCCCCCACACCCUCGCCCGCUCACAUGCUCCCCCCACAGGCAGCCCUUCCGUUUGGAGGGGGGCCCCUCCCCACCUCACUCCUCCGCUCUGGAAUCUGGAGACAGCCCUGCCCAACCCAGAGAUGCCAAAAAUGGGGACUUGACUCUGGACAGAGGACAUGGGCCACGCCCCCUGUGCACCCCCCUGCCCCUGCAGACGGCUUUAUUACCUCAUACGCAGCUCAUCUUAAACCAAUAGAAUCGCUCGGUGACGAGAGUGUCUGACUCAGAUAUCUACCUCGGAGGGAGUUUCUGCUACUUUAGGGAAUUGUUGACUGGGCUUUGGGAUUGGACUUUUUUCCCCCUUUUUUAAAGAACAAGAAACCCUGGGAUCCAUCUGUCCUUUUGUUGUUGUUCUUGGUGUUUAGUUUGGGGAAGAGGGUUGUUUUUUUUUUUUGUUUGUUUGUUUUUAAAUAAACAUACUGAUUUUU